CGUUUAAACGUCCCAUGAUGCAAAGUAGUUUACCCGCCAUAACGACAUUUUUGCCUAACGCGUGUGUGUUGUGUGAAGCUUUGUGUGCGUCCGUGUUUUGAACGUUUAUUUGAACCCAUCCACAGUGAAUGUUGUUUGUUUCGGCCGUUGGUCUCACCCUGGCGCCGCCAUGCAGAGCACCGUUCGGUUUGAGUGCGAGCCGGGAGUAGAGGAGAACGACAACCCGAUGGACAGCGUCUUGGUGAGCUCGCCCGGCGACGACAUGCUGGAAACGACACAGGAGAUGGACAGCCCGGGCCCUGGGCCCUACCCUCUGCCCAGGAAGCUGGACUUUUCGCACAGCUCGGUGGAGUCCUCGCCGGAGGCCACGUCCUCGCCCACCUUCUCGUACCUCAGCCGCGGCUCGAGUUGCGCCGGCUCCAUUGUCGGGUGCACGGACUCGCCGCCCUACAAGCGGGUCAAGUCCCUGCGCCUGAUGGACUCGCCGGCCACGCCCAAGACCAUCCUGGAGAAGAGCUCCGCGCCCCUGACGCCCCUGCCGGUGCCCAGCGCCCGCGGGCGCCUGCUCCCCCUGCUGGAGAAGGAGCGCGAGCGCGACCUGGGUCUGAGGGGCAGGCCCAGGACGCCGUUGUCCCUGACCGCGGCCACCCAGGCCACGGCCCUAGCGCCGCAGGACAAGCUGGCCGCCAACCUCAAUCCCUUCACUCCCACCGGCAUGAUGCUCACCUCGAAGAAGCGUUCCAGGGCCAGCCUGAAUCAGAGCGGGUCCCCUCCUGGUACAAUAGUCCCUUCCAUCAAGGUUACCUCAGUAUCUGAUGAGUCAGACAUGGAGGUGGACCCACCUACAAAGAAACUGGCCUUGAGUGAUGCAAACAUCCCUCGGUACAAUUUGGAAUUCAUUGAAGACGAAUUGCUUGGAACUGGGGAGUUUGGCAGUGUUUACAAAUGCACGAAAAGACUAGAUGGUAUUGAAUAUGCUGUCAAAAAGAGCAUUCGACCAGUUACAGGGAGCAAUAAAGAGAAAGUUGCCUUAAAUGAGGUCUAUGCUCAUGCUGUGUUAGGCAAGCACCCCCAUGUUGUAAAAUAUUUUUCUGCAUGGGCUGAAGACAACCAUAUGAUAAUUCAAAAUGAAUAUUGUAAUGGUGGGAGUUUGGCUCAAGCAAUUGAAAGACACAAACAAAAUGGAACUAAAUUCACAGAGCAGGAAUUGAGACAGAUGCUCAGGCACAUUGGAGAGGGUCUUCGAUAUAUCCAUUCUAUGAAACUAGUUCACAUGGAUAUCAAGCCUGGAAAUAUUUUUUUAAUAAGAGAAAAAAGAUUGUUAUCUGUUGGCUAUGAUUCAGCAGAUGACACCACUGAAGAAGAUGAUACAGUGGAAGAAGUUACUUACAAAAUUGGUGAUCUGGGUCAUGUAACUUCAGUGACGAAUCCUCAGGUUGAAGAGGGUGACUGCCGCUACCUCCCUGCUGAAAUUUUGCAGGAAAAUUUUGAUCAUUUACCAAAGGCUGAUAUUUUUGCACUAGGUUUGACCAUGCUUGAAGCAGCUGGUGCUGGUCCUCUUCCGAAGAAUGGACCUCAGUGGCUUGAGUUGAGAGAUGGCAAGCUCCCAGACUUGACACAUUACUGCCAUGACUUCAAACAGCUCUUAACUGAAAUGAUUGACCCAAAUCCAGAAAGAAGACCAACAGCAUUUGCCCUGCUCACCCACAGGUUUGUGAGCCCUCUUGGCAACCUUAGCAAAGCUCAACUACAGAGAGAGUUAAAUGCUGAGAGACUGAAGAAUGUAUUGCUCUCUCGAAGACUAGAAGAUAUGACAAAGUGCAUUUCAAAUUUUGCCCCCCACAUCAUUGGUAAGCAGCAGCAGCAACAACAGGAAAUUAUUUCAUUUGGAAAGAGAAUGAAUACAAGAAGCUCAAGAUUAAUUGGAAGAAAAGCCAACAGGUCUCACAGUGCUUCAAGUCUGUGAGGUAAACAGUUCGUGGGUUCUUGGUCCGUGUGCUGAUAGCCUGUAUCCCCCGUCUUCUGGAGCUCCUUUUCUGUACUGUUGUAAGAAAGGGUCCUUGAUAGUUCUGUCGGUCAUGUUUCUUUACUUUGAAGUUGGGAUUACUCAUUAUUGAGGAGUAGUUUUUGUGAUUCUGGAGGAUAUUUUUUUUUAUGAGAAAGUUUGUAUUUUAGACAGAAAUAAGAAUUUUUCUUAAGGGAAUAUCUACCCUCCAUUUGUGAGUUUAUGGCUGUUAAAAUGCUAUUUUAAAUGUUUAACUACUUUUGCAAAGUUUUAAAUUUUUUUAAAUGACAAGGGCUGUUCUGGGUCAAGUCCAUUUCUAAUUGCCCUUUAAAUUUGGGUUUUACUUUAUGAUUCAGUGUUUUCCUUUUCUUAUGCAACUGUUCAUAUUUUUAAUUCUUUGAUGUAUCUGUAAAAAUGUAACCCCCAUGAUGCUGCUAAUGUGUACAUUUUGAGCUUGACAUUAGUGUUUGUCUUUCACAUCUGUAUAAAGUCAUUGUACAAUUCACUUCUUGCAACUACUGCUUUGUAUUUAUUUAGUCAAUAUUUCAUAGUAUGUUUUUAAGUAAUGAUUUCUGCAACAGGUGUCAUUUGGACCUAUUUUGUUGCAUAUUCUGUCUUGUCCCUUUUAUAUCUAAAUAUCUUUUGGAGUCCUUUACCCAGUGAAAUGCAGCAAAUACCUUUUAAAAAGUUAAUUCUAUUUUUGUGGUGACUCACCUUUUUACUAAUAUGUGUAUCCUACAUAAUAGGGUGGGUUGUGCUUCGUUACCACUUUUUUAAAUACAUGCAGUGAUUACAACAGUGUAAUGAAACUCCAGGAAUGUCAUGGCUAUUGUAGCAUGUCAACGACCACUUUAGUCAUUCAUGUCUAACUUGUCACAUUUAACUACAUUCCAUUUUAUUGUUAACAAUUUUAAGUACCAAGUAAAUUUGUAGUUUUGUUGAAAAAACCUCUGGAUUGUGAGGCUAAUAUUUAUUUGAUGGUUAGUGUUGGACAUAGGGUAUGGCAGUGCUGUGAAAAGUGAUAGAUUUUAGUUACGUUUAUGGUGGUGAUAUGUAGUAGGCAAAUGUGGUUUGUGAUCUUAUCAUAUAUGUAUUAAGGGUUAUUUACUGUGGUUGUGGAACAAUUUCUGGGUGCGUGUCAUCCUUAUUUCAAGUGAUAGUGAGUUGUUUCCCCCUUAAGGAAUUUUUAAGGCUGAGUUGUAGAUAUAUUUUUGUCAGUUAUUAAGUUGAGAAUAGUCAUUUUCUGAGUAGAUUGAAAGCACUUCUCACUGUGAAAAUCAGUAUCAGUACUGUACCUUUUCUAGGUUGCUAAUCUAUUAUGAUUUAAUCUUCUCAGCCAAGGUUAAGACAGUGACAAUUGCUUUCAUUCUAAUCAUUUUGUGAAUGCUCAAUUGCUUUAUAAUGGGAAGGGCUAGUAUUUUAAGAUCUAACUUGUUAAAUACGAACAUUCUAGUGAGUUUUGAAGAAUUGUGGCUGUCAUUUCAAGUGUCUUACACUCAAAGCCUUUGAUUAUCUAGUUGUGCUGACACAGUAAUAGGAUGGGUGGCAAAUUAAAUUGCCCACUAUUACUCAAAGCACUUAACUGUAGUAUUACAUGAAUUGCUUUAUAGUCAAUGAAAGCCAAAUUACCUCAAGUGCCUUUAAUUACCAUGAAUCGGUUGUAUCACUAUUAAUCAUUUGAGGAUUUUCUAAUCACCGAAGUUUAGAUUGACUUUUCUUUAUUUUGUUCUUUGGUCCUUAAUUGAGAAGAAUAAAUAGGGUAAGUCAUCUUAAAACGGUUACAAGAAGUGCCUACUUGCACUUUUUUUGUAACAAAUUAAAAUAGCCCCAAAUGAAAUCCUUCUUGAGUGGUUCUUUGUCACAUAUUGUGAUAACUGAAGUCUUCUCAAAAUCACAUCCAUCUUGAUAAAAUAAUUAUUGUUGGCUGUCUAUUGUAGUUGCCUGUCAUUAGUUGUCUGUUAGUUGCCACUCCGGACCCAAAUCUUCUCUUGUGUGGUAAAUUGUCUGAAAUUAUCAAAAAAAUUCAAUCUGUAAACUGAAUUGUACUAUCAACAUGUGUAUGUAUGUGAUUAAUAAAAUUUAUUACCCUGAA